AUCGCGGGCGGUGAAACAAAAAGUGUGCACACCAGCCGGGACGUGCUGCACCCUCUGCUCCGCUCACACCCCGCCAUACAAUAUCAUGUCGCGCCCCUCUGCCCCGAAGAGAAGGAGACUUUCGCCGCCCGAGGACGAUGCGCCGGCGCCAGGCCACCAGCAGUCGUUUUUGAAGAGCGCGGCCAAGUGGGAUCUGGAGCAGGACUACGAGAACCGCCCGCGCCGCCUCGACAAGAAGAAGAAGAAGGGCCAGGACAAGCUGCCCGUCCGGACUACUGAGGGAUGGGUCGCGCUGCCCGCCGCUCCGGUCGAGGUCAAGGACGAGGAAGUGUCGGACAGCUUCCUGGGCUCUGGUAGUGAGGGCGACGAGGAAGAAGCGGAGGAGGAAAAGAAGGCGCCCAAGAUCCCCGCGCGACAACAGAUUCUCGAGGCAAAGGAGGAGCUGGCCCGCAUUGCGAGCCUGGUCAACGAGGAUCCCGAGGAGCACAUUGGCGCGCUGAAGACACUGGCCGCCAUUGCCGAGUCCGAGAACAACACGGUCAAGAAACUGGCGCUGGCGACAUCGGUCACAAUCUUCAAGGAUCUGAUUCCCGGCUACCGGAUCCGACCUAUCGCCGAAGAGGCCAUGGGCGAGAAGGUGUCGAGGGAGGUCAAGAAGCUGCGCCACUUCGAGCAGAAGCUCGUCUCCGGCUACGAGACAUAUGUCAAGCAGCUGGCUGCGCUCUGCAAGCUCAGUGGAUCCAGCGACGAGCAGAAAGCAAGCCUGGCCACCGUCGCUGUCAGCUGCGCGUGCAACCUGCUCACAGCGGUGCCUCACUUCAACUUCCGCAACGACCUGCUGAAGAUUAUGGUCGGCAAGUUGAGCACGCGACGCGUCGAUGCAGACUUUGUACGGUGCAGGGAGGCAGUGGAGAAGCUGUUCGCCGAAGACGAAGACGGCAACGUCUCCCUCGAGGGCGUCACUCUGCUGACCAAGAUGAUGAAGGCGAAGCACUACAACUUCGACGAGAGUGCACUGAACACAUUCCUCCAUCUCCGCCUUCUCUCCGAUUUCCACAGGAAAGCUUCCUACAACUCCGUCGACAAGGACGAAGAGGAUACUGUCAAGAAGAUCAAGCAGAAGCGCGAGUUCAGGACGAAACGCCUGCGCAAGGACCUGAAGGAGAAGAAGGCGAUCGCAAAGGAGUUCAAGGAGGCCGACGCGGCUGUAUCACACGAAGAGCGCGACAGGAUGCAGGCCGAGACCCUCAAGCUGGUCUUCGUCUGCUACUUCCGCAUCCUCAAAGCCCGCUCGCCGAAGCUCAUGGGCGCCGUCCUUGAAGGCCUGGCACGCUACGCACAUCUCAUCAACCAGGACUUCUUCGGCGACAUCCUCGAAGCCCUGCGCGACAUCAUCGCGACCGCCGAAAUCUCCGCCGCCGCCGAGGUCUCCGAAGACGAAGACGCCGAGUCCGACUCAGACGACGACGAAGCCCCCGAGCGCAACCUCUCCCGCGAAUCGCUCCUAUGCGUCAUCACCGCCUUCGCGCUCCUCGAGGGCCAGGACGUCCUCAAACAAGCCUCCACCCUCAAACUCGACCUCACCUUCUUCAUCACCCAUCUGUACCGCACGCUGCACCCGGUCAGCGUCAACGCCGACAUCGAACUCAGCGCCAAGUCGCUCCACCUCCCGGACCCGGGCGCGCGCGAAAACCCCCACGCCCCCAGCCCCAACAAGAUCAACGUCCAGACCACCAUCGUCCUGCUCAUCCGCUCGCUCUCCUCCGUGCUGCUGCCCGCCACCGCCCUGCGCGGCGUGCCCCCGAUCCGCGUCGCCGCCUUCACCAAGCAACUCAUGUCGAUAUCCCUGCAGCUGCCCGAGAAGAGCUGCAUUGCGAUGCUGGGGCUGCUAAACCGGGUCGCGCGCGCGCACGGCAAGAAGGUUGCGCCGCUGUGGAACACGGAGGAGCGCCGGGGCGACGGCGUGUUUGACCCGCUCAAGGCGGAGUUCGAGGGGAGCAAUGCGUUUGCGGCGACGGUGUGGGAGGGCGAGUUGCUGAGGCGGCAUUAUGCGCCUGCCGUGCAGGAGGCGCUGAAGGGGAUCGAGGGGAAUGUGAAGGAGGCGCUGAAGGGGUAGAUUGCAUGGAUGGUUGUGGUGUGUGAUACCCGCAGGUGGUUUUAUAAUGGGUCGACGUUGUGUCUUCGCGCGACCCUUUGGUAGUAGUUGUUCGAAUGAGUACUGUAGCGGUUACAUCUCAGGCUU